AUGGCGGACGACUUGUCUCCAGUUUACGGCCCCUUCUUCGGAGUGAUGGGCAGCGCGUCUGCGAUGGUGUUCUCGGCGUUGGGCGCGGCCUACGGGACGGCGAAGUCGGGCACCGGUAUCGCCGCCAUGUCUGUCAUGCGACCAGAACUCAUCAUGAAGUCCAUCAUCCCUGUGGUUAUGGCGGGUAUUAUCGCGAUCUACGGUCUGGUUGUGGCGGCACUCAUAGCCAACAAGAUAGACGAGGGCGGCCCCGGAGGCUAUAAGCUGUACCACGGGUUCCUCCACUUGGGCGCCGGCCUGUCGGUGGGUCUGUCGGGUCUGGCGGCCGGCUUUGCCAUAGGGAUCGUAGGGGACGCCGGUGUGCGCGGGACUGCACAACAGCCGCGACUCUUCGUCGGCAUGAUUUUGAUCCUCAUCUUCGCCGAAGUGUUGGGUCUCUACGGACUGAUCGUCGCUCUCGUCUUAUCGACAAAAACCGGUUAA